AAAUGAUGCAACGUAUAGCACAUGAGAUAGAACGCAUAAACCCAUGACGUCACAUCAUACCAGCAAAGUUGUUGCCUUGUUGCUUGGCAGAUAAAUAACAAAGUGCAUACCGGCGUGCACGUUGAUAGAACUUUUCUGUCAACCUUCUCUUAUUGGAUUCAUGAAAGAUGCACCUUUAUGUGGAAGUCUGAUCGUGGUCGUGUGGCAUCACACACAGCUUGAGAUAUUGGCCGGCCAAUGGGAGACAGGUGACAGGGAAGGGAGGCAACCAGGCAACACCGGCACCAGCGAUGUCGAAGGACGACGACUACGAUGACUACAGCGAUGACUUCAUCAGUGAUGAUGAGGACGCUAAACGCAAGUCUAGGAACCAAGGGAGACAGGGUGCUUCAUAUGGAAAGAGCAAGGCUAACACAAAGUCAAGAGGUCGUGGCAGAGGGCGUGGUGGAGGACCGCCCCCGAAGCAGUCACCUAGAAUCGAUUAUGUCACUCAACGUAUGCUGUCUGCGGGUCGCAUAAAGAUCAAUGAGCUCCGGAACCAGGUGGAGGACCAUAACACAGUAAUCCGAGACCUGCGCGAAGAAAACAAGUUGUUGAAGAAGACGCAGCACCGUCAGGAAAAGGCUUUGACGAAGUUCGAGGAUCAGGAGGGCGAUCUUCCACGGCUCAUACUCAAACACAACAAUGAGGUGAGGACACUCAAGGAACAGCUUAGAGUAAUGAAGGAAAAGUAUGAGAAGACCGACCGCUAUCUCCGAGAUGCAGAGGAUGAUCUUGACAGAGCCAAUGUCAAGCUGAAGAAGUACAAGAGUUAUGCUGAGAACAAGGGGCUGCCGGAGCGAGAUGAACUCAACCGCAAGCUGUCCAAGGCAGACCUGGAUGUUGAGGAGAAGGACAACAGGAUCAAGGAGCUGCAGCGACACAUUGAUCACCUGAACAAGAACCACCGCCAUGAGCUGGGGGUGGAGAUAGCCAGACACCGGGAGACCAAGAGACAACUGGACCAGUUCCGGGGGGACAAGGACAACCUGGAGACCAAACUGAAGGAGAAGGAGAAAGAAUUGGAGAUCAAGAACAUCUAUAGUAACCGUGUGAUGCGUCCCCCCCACAAGCUGCCCGCCUCCUACGGGGGCACACCCAUGGACACCCCUCCUCCACCACGUCGGAGAGUUCCCUCCGUCGAGGAGAUGACCUCCAGGGAGAAGGCCCGAAUGUUUGAAAUGAAGCGGAGGGAAGAGGCGAAGAAGAACAAACCUAAACCUAAGCCGAAGCAGGAUGUGUUUGAGAACCGCUGGAACACGGAAGAUGAGGAGAGGGAUCGACUAGCCAUGGAGGAGAAGGAGAGGCGAGACCUGGAGAACAAGUACCUGCAGGCCAGGGAGGAAGAGGAGAGGAAGAGUGAGUGGGAGAGAGAGUUGGAGAUGAAGCGGGUGCAGGACCGAAAGCGGGAUCAGGAACAGGAGGACCUGCGUAGAGAACGUGAGCGCAUGAAGAGAGAGUCAGAAGAACUGCAGAGACGGGAGGAGAACAAGAGAAGAGAACAGCGGGAGAGGGAGGAAAGAGAGAGGGAAGACCGAGACCGCCAAGCGAGAGAUGAAAGGGACAGAAUCGAGAGAGAAAAUAGACUUAGGCAAGAGCUUGAAGAGAGAGAACAAGAAAGGGAGCGUCAGGCCAAAGCAGAGCGUGAAAGACUGGACAAUGAUCCCAGUGUGUUGGAGGAACGUAGGAGAAAGGAACUGCUUUUAGCCAGGUUGAAGGCCAUAGACGAUGGGUCAAAGGAAAAUGUGAGUCCGGUUAAUCGCUCUCCCUAUGGGGAUGAUAGCUCAACCACUUCAAGUAAAAAGAGUUACUCGUUUUCCAAGCCUACCAAGAAUUUACAUAAUGGUAAGCCUGCAUAUGAGGAAGUGAGCGUUCCAUACAUCGACAGGAGGAAACAUCAGCUGGCCCAGGAGGAGGAUGCAGCUGGGUACAACCCAUCCUUCACCAGGAGGUCCAGCUCCACUAUGAAGGGGGGUGUCAACCAAUCUCCCUCAAGGAAACCCAACAAAAAAACGGCCUUAAUGGAUGAACUGUUUGGAAAUCAGAGUGGAACCAAUAGAAAUGAUGACGACAUGCUUUUCCAAACCUCGGACUCGAGGAAACAGACUACUAAGCCUUCGUCUGGUUUCCCUUGGGAUGAAGACAGUAAACAUUCGACCACGGCAUCCCGGCCGCGAGAGAACUCGAGCACGUUGUUUGGAGGUGGUGCUGCUCUUGUGGAGGAUGACGGACCCUCAGAUAAAUCAAAACUGUUACCACGGCGACAGAGACACCACUCCAGCACUUUCAGUUCCAAACCAGCAGUGACCGCUGUUGACACGUUUGAGGAUGAUAUAGAGGAAGUCAUGUUGUAGGCAGGUUGUGUACAGUGCCCCGACUACAGUGCCUCAUCCAGGAACCUUCAUUACAACAUCGGCAUGAUCACAUUACUUCAGAGAUACUAUUUUAAUACAAGCAUCUAUAGCAUAGCAAUCACCUUCAGUUUUCACAUUUCACUCAGCAUCAGUCACGACCUCUACUCCUGUGUUAGUGCAACACCACAACCGAAGUGGUGGAUAAUUGUGUCAUACGUCUGCACAAAGCAUUUUUCUACAUUUAUGGGUCUGUUGUCAUGUUGCGCUGGUCACUCUUGGAAUAUCUCACCACAUGGACUGCUUCCUUGACUAUCGUGUGGCGAAUUAUCUGUUUUACACUGUGUGUGGAAUGAAAGGUUCCAUCAAUGCUACUCUUCCAGCUGAUGGGACCCAGGUUUUCAAUGUCAUACAAUCAUGUUGUGUUUGUUGUGUGAAUUGUGGAAAAUAUGUAAUCACACAGACAACAUCUCUAGUGUUUGCUUCACAAGAUUGAAGUACAUGUAUUCAUAAAGUUGAAAAUAGUAUGAUUAAUAACUUGAUACACAAAGAAUGUAUGACCCAUUUUUUUCUUUUAAAAGCAACUACCCUGGAACAAUAAUUUGUUUUGAGAUUGUUGGAGAUAUGUUAAAUGCUUGAGCUUGUCUACGACUGGUUAACUUGCCUCUAGACACUCCACACCAAAGACCAAAGACUUCAGGUGGUUAUUGUUAUGGCUGACAGUUUUCUAUCCAUCAUCGUGUUUCACUUUUAUAUUUUGAAAAUAUAUUCAAUCUGUUAAAGAAAUGUUUGUUUUUAGAUCCCCAGUUAAAUGUUAUGAUGAAUGGCCCUAUUCCCAAGCAGUCUCAGCACGGCAAUUCCCAUACUGAAACACUGAUGUUUGAUCAUAGAUUUACCUGCACAUUCUCAGAGGACACUGGCCACAAGUUCUGAAGCAAAUGUUGGUAGGAAAGAAUUUAAAAAAUCCAAAUUCAUGUUGUACAAGUAUUUAAUACUUUAUGCCACAAAAUUUCAUCAAAUAACUUGUUAUAACAUCCCUGUGUUCUUGGGACAUAAGACCAGCAAACAAAAUCCAAGGGUACGUAGUUUGAAAUUCUUGAUAAAGGAUGGUCACAGUGUUAGGGUUUGCUUGAGGAAUAGGGCCCUGUGUGGGUUCGUGUUCCUGUGUAGAUGGGUGCAGACUGUGGAAGAUGCUGUGAUAUUAUGGUACACGAGUACAAUGACAGGUGUUGUCUUGGCAGGAAUUAGGCUGUGAUACAAUGUGCCUGCAGAGCUUCAUUUCUUGUUUACAAAGUUGAACAGUAGCAUUGUGUCCAAAAAUACAUACCGUAUUCGACCCAAUAAGCGCCCAUGUCCCAAUAAGCGCCCCCCUCCCUUUUCCCGGAUGCCCAAGUAAGAUUUACUCACCUGUUUUUUACAUUCGGUCAAGAAUCUUUUGUAGUCGGUUAAUGAAGAGAUGUUCACCAGUAAAACGUAAGUAACAGUUUAUCUCUAGCCCCCCAGCAACAGAAGAAUAACGAUAGGCUUACUGAUGAAUUUAUGCCAAUUUGACUCUGAAUUGGUCCCAAUAAGCGCCCACCCCUUCUGUCUUUAUUUUAAGCGCCCAGGGCGCUUAUUGGGUCGAAUACGGUAUUCAAGAACAAAAUAGUUCUACGAAGGCAAGACCACUGUACAUUCUUAAUUUACGACUUUUCUUUGUCAUUGUGUCGAAAGGCAUGGGGCAAAAUAAGGCUUACGAAAAAUAUUUUCAGGGUUAUUUGAGGUUUGAAGCAUCAGUCUCUGGUUUGUAAUGUGUAUUUGUCGAGACAAAUUAUCUCAUAUCUAUAGCAUCAUUUGUCCUGAUGUGUGAAUUUGUGAAAAAGUGUUUUUAUUGCCUACUGUAGUUGAGAUUGUUGGGUUCCGUCCAUGGAAAGAGACUUUUGAUGUCCUAAAUGUUUGUUAUGUAUAUGAAUUGUUACAGUGUUGUGUAGAGACAGUUUGUUAAUGCUUGUGCCAUACUGGUGAACAAUCAAUUUCAAAGUUUCAUAUGCAAUGUUUAUUGUGUAAAUCACACAACUAAACUAUAUAUCAAAGGAAUGGGCAUAGCUAGGACAUGUAGCUAGGACAGUAGGCUGACCAAGGUUUGUGCUGCAAGUUGACCCAGUAGGCUUGUAGGCUGACCAAGACGUGUGCUGCGAGUUAAUCCAGUAGGCUGGUAGGCUGACCAAGGCUUGUGCUGUGAGUUAAUCAAGUAGGCUGGUAGGCUGACCAAGGCUUGUGCUGUGAGUUGACCCAGUAGGCUGGUAGUCUGACCAAGGCUUGUGCUGCGAGUUGACCCAGUAGGCUGAUAGGCUGACCAAGGCUUGUGCUGCGAGUUGACCCAGUAGGCUGACCAAGGCUUGUGCUGUGAGUUGACCCAGUAGGCUGGUAGUCUGACCAAGGCUUGUGCUGCGAGUUGACCCAGUAGGCUGACCAAGGCGUGUGCUGCGAGUUAAUCCAGUAGGCUGGUAGGCUGACCAAGGUGUGUGCUGCGAAUUGACCCAGUAGGCUGACCAAGGCUUGUGCUGUGAGUUGACCCAGUAGGCUGGUAGGCUGGUAGGCUGACCAAGGUGUGUGCUGCAAGUUAAUCCAGUAGGCAGGUAGGCUGACCAAGGCUUGUGCUGCGAGUUAAUCCAGUAGGCUGGUAGGCUGACCAAGGCGUGUGCUGUGAGUUGACCCAGUAGGCUGGUAGGCUGACCAAGGCUUGUGCUGUGAGUUAAUCCAGUAGGCUGGUAGGCUGACCAAGGCUUGUGCUGUGAGUUAAUUCAGUAGGCUGGUAGGCUGACCAAGGCUUGUGCUGCGAGUAUUUCCGAUGCUACAAACUUGAGAACUACCUCAAACUCAGCAGACACAUGCCACCCUGUAGUUUGACCUUCAACCUCCCUACUAGUCUCUCUAGCAGAUGAUCACAAACCUGUAGAAAAUCAUGUGGUAUGACAAUUAUUGGUGCAAAUUACAUAAUACUUGAAGGGUCUUUAUUUUCUAAUAGAUAUGUGUAUAUAUAGUUGUAUAUGAAGGCUAUUUUCAUAUUAAAAGAUUGAUGAGUACAAUGAGUAGUACUUUGAAAUGUGAGAGAUGUGUUUGACGACUGGGGAUGGGGUAUGAUGACCUUCACCCUGCUUGGUACACAUGACCUUCACCCAGCUUGGUACACAAGACUACAGUCACUCUACUGGACACUUGGUUUAGUAAUUUGUCUCUCACUGGUUUACCUAUAUCAUUUGUACAAUAUUUCCUGAAAAGAAGGCCACCGUAUGAUCUUGCUGCAAUUAUGCCGCAGUGGAGCAUUGGUCUGAAGUGGCGUGACUGGUAACUACAGCAACUAUAGCAUAACACAAAUAUAUCCUACAAAUAUGUCAGAACAUAACCCUAUCCUACUACUGUACUAGUAAGAUAUAUUGUGUUGCUAUGUUGUGUUAUGUCAUAUCACAGAUAUUCUAAUAGUAGAAAUUCAACUCCUACAUGUUUUGGAUCUUACCGUUAAUAUGCAAUUCAAACUUUUCGUGGAUUUUUUUCGAAGUGAGUUCACAUUUAACGGUAAAUAACAAACCUAGCGUUUGCCACAAGACAGGGUUGUCAUGGAAAUGACAUCGGGAACAAUUGUCUGUUGUUUUGGUUCCACUAUUUUCCAGCGAUAUGGCUGUUGAUGUAGAAAAUAUUUAUGUGUGUCAGAGUUAGUGUGAGUGAUGCGUAGUCAGGCCAAUUUAUUGAUCUCAUUCUGCAGCUAUCAUCCUGGUUGUGAAUGUGUCGCUGAAUAUGUUAGCGUGGUGCUUCUGUCCGUGAUAAUGUAAACGGCAUCCCUAAUUCCUGGGGAUGCCUUCAAUGAAACUGCACUUAUUGUGAUAAAACAUUUUUACCUUUUUUCAAAUACAGACAUGAAUUAUAUAUUUCAUAAGCAUAGCAAUACACAGUGGUUUUAAUCAUAUUUUAUCAAUAACAAGUGGUAUGAGAUUUUAUGAAGAUAUUAUACAACAAAAUGGCACAGUCAGUUAAUAUAUUAUAUUUUUAAUCAUAUUUUAAACCUGGGAUGAAUAUAUACUGGUAGUAUUUUAGCACACUACUGUCACUGUGUGUACAGUUUGUUGUUGUAUAUGGAAGGUCUGACUGGUGCAUAUAUCUUGUAACUUUCUAGUAGAGAGCAUGGGUCUUCAUAUAGCCACACUGAUAACACAACGCAAGCUUAGUUGUCAUGGUUACCUUGAUUCAAAUAUGUAAGUAUCAGUAUCCUAUACACAGAAGGGAGGUAACUGAUGUAGCCUUGUCCUGAAUCAAGUUUGUAAGAAUAUCGGAGAACAUAAAGAUCGUUUUGUCAUAUAUUAGGAAACACAUGCACCUUGUCUAAGGAAACUUGUUCUGGCAAACUUUUAGAAUGUAAGCAUUUCGUAUAUUAAGGCCAGAUAUUUAAAUAUAUUUAUUGUGUGUGAUUCAGCCAAAUUUCACUCACUAUUUUAAAAUACUGACUUUAAUUGUAAGUAUACAUAUUUUGAACAUCUUAUAUGUAUUUUUGUAAUACGUUUUAUUUUCAAUAAGUAUUUUUUAGGAAAUAAACAUCAAGUCAAAUAUUUUUUAUUUUACCAACACAAUCUGUAAAAUAACCAUAAAAUUGGCCUGGUCCACAUUGUCUGGUAUUGGAAGUUAGUUUCUGUUCCUAUGUGAUUACCUUCGUGUUUGUUGUGUGACUGGUACAUCGGGUGUGAGAGGAAUGACUGCUCUAUCUAUCACUGUAUCUUCCAGGCAUGUCAUGGCUGAUCUACACUCUGUAAUAAACAUUUACUUAUCUAUUUA